AUGAAAUUAUCAUUUUGCAUAGUAAACGUAUGUGGCGAUAUUAACAGGCUGCAUCGAAGGACCCAAAUAGAAGUGUACGGGAACAAGAUGGCGGGAGCUACAGCAGUGAUGCGACGUUUGGACGAACACGGUUCUUUAAAAACCCAUCUGGUGCCGGACUGGACACACAAAGAAGUCAGCACCGGAACCACCAUCAUGGCUGUGGAGUACGACGGAGGAGUGGUCAUUGGUGCUGACUCCCGCACCACUACUGGGGCGUACAUCGCCAACAGAGUGACGGACAAACUGACGCCCAUUCAUGACCGAAUCUUCUGCUGCCGGUCAGGAUCAGCUGCUGACACGCAGGCCAUCGCUGACGUGGUCACUUACCAGCUUGGCUUCCACAGCAUUGAGCUAGACGAGCCCCCGUUGGUGGAGACUGCCGCGAAUCUGUUCCGAGCUAGCUGCUACCGCCACAGAGAAGACCUGAUGGCUGGCAUACUGGUGGCAGGCUGGGACAAGAGGAAGGGUGGACAGGUCUACUGCGUUCCUAUUGGUGGGAUGCUGGUGAGGCAGCCGGUGUCUGUUGGGGGCAGUGGUAGUUCGUACAUUUACGGCUUCAUGGACUCCAACUACAAAGCAGGACUGAGCAAAGAACAAUGUUUUGAGCUGACUGCUGCAGCAUUAUCCCUGGCGAUGGAGAGAGAUGGCUCCAGCGGUGGUGUGAUCAGACUGGCGUCCAUUUCGGAGGACGGAGUGGAGAGAAAAGUCAUCCUAGGAAACCAGCUGCCCAAAUUUUCAACACACUGAACACACGCGCCUGUUAAUUUUGUCAUUAAAAACUUUAACAUGC